AUGCCUUUGAACCCUUUCGAGGAUGCUGAGUUCCUUCGCGGUCCAGAGUCUUCAAGCUUGGAUAGCAAAUUCCAUUUGCGACCGCACAAACGUUCGAAAGACUUUAGCGAAACAGUCUUCAUCAAAGGCGAAGAAAGCCUCCUUCACAAGGUAGAGAACUGACAUUGCAGACUUGGCUAUCUUCGUGCAGCGAGGGUUUUAACGAGGUCGUAAUUCAUACUCCCAAGUCCUUCUGCGAGUCCACAUCUUGCAGUUGUAUACCAUUCAGGCAGUAGGCCAUAUGGUUCGAAGAGCGAGCUAUGCCCACUCGUAGAAUAUUGCAUUUUUUCUUCCUGAACAGCAGAAGCCAGUCCUUUGACCACUGUUGGAGUCGGUUUAGGUUCGCCUGCAAAUGCUCUUCGUCAUCUGCAGUUCGAAUGACGCUCCAGAGCUUAAUGUCAUCCGCAAACAUGGCGACACUACAAUCCAGUUCACUCACGCAAUCGCUGACGUAAAUAAUGAACAAAGUAGGACCAAGAACUGAGCCUUGGGAAACCCCGUUUUCAACGGCAACCUCCGUCGACUGCUGGUCACCGACAUGGACAGUUUGACAACGGUCUAAUAGGAAGCUUUGAAUCCAUUUUAAGAGGUUACGCCUAACGCCUGUUCGGCUCACUUUGCGCAGGAGUCGCUGAUGGGGAACAUUAUCAAAUGCCUUUUUAAACUCGAUAUAGACUACAUUCAGCUCAUUGUCUUCAUGAACUGACCGAGUCCAACGUUCCAAAGAGUUGAGCAAGUUAGUCACGCAAGACCUGCCACCACGAAACUCAUGCUACUUAUCAGAUAAUAAAUUAUGCUGCUCUAGGAAGCGCAUUAGCUCUCGCUUAAUUAUUUUAUCCAUGAUUUUGCAGCAGAUGGAGGUGAGGCUGAUUGGUCUGGAAUUGUUUGCAGAGGCCUUGUCGCCUCCUUUACACAGUAGUGUGAUCUGCGCAGAUUUCCAGUCGACAGGCAAGCAGUCGGCUUCGAACGAGGCUUGAAAAGGCAUGGACAAUGGUUCAGCUAGUUCGUCAGCGAGCUGCUUCAGUAACGUAGGCGGUAUGUCGUCUGGACCUGGGGAUUUCGACUCAUUUAGCGUCAUUAGCCCUUUACGAACCGCCGCUUUAUUAAAAGAUACAGAUUCAAUUUUUGGACCCUCAUCGAAGUUGUAGUCGGGAGGAGUAAAUGCACUUUCACUAGUAAAGAUGGAUUUGAAAAAAAUGUGAAAAAUGUUCAACUUUUUCUCCAUCCUCACUAAUCUCUACGUAUCCGCUUUUCUUCAGGAGGGGGCUUUGAUCUCCGAUUCGUGUGAUGCUUCUUAUGUAGCUGUAGAAUAAUUUCGGAUUUUCCACAACACGAUUCAAUAGGUCUUUUUGAAAAUUUUGUCCUGUCCAGCUGGUAAGUCGCUUAGCUAGGUUUCUCUGUGUUUUGUAUGCGUUUGUGAAUGCGGGAUUCCCAUCAGUAAGAGAUUUCUGCCACAAUCUCCGUUUUUUAUUUAUUUCCUUUUUUAGCACCUGGGUCAACCACCGGGGUCGACUGUUUAGCCCCUUCCGUGAAAGCGGGCAGUGGUUUGUCAGGAGAACAUGCAACGAUUCACUGAACCAUUUCCAAUACUCCGCUAUAUUUCCGGAAAAGGCUGAUUCACAGUCUGUAUUGUUGAUUUUGGCCUUCAUUUGAUCAAAGUCCUGACGCCAAAUAUUUUUUCUAAUUUUGGUGGGCUGUUCAGGCACGGAAAAGAUUGAAUAGUCUCAUUGAAGAACGACGUGAUCGCCUCGACCUAACGGAGGCAGACAUUGCAUCUCAUCUAUGCUGUCCAUCGACUUCAUGAGCACCAGGUCCAAGCAGUUUGACUGCUGCCCCUCACGCACCUUCGUGGGAAAUAGGACGUGCUGAGUGAGAAAUGCCCUGAGUGCCAUGUCCAAGAGGAGUCAGUCGAAAGCUAGUUCUGGGCCGCGAGCGUAUGGUGAACUCCAGUCGAUGAGCAGUGCAUUAAGGUCGCCCAUGAUUAGGACGUCAGGCCGGAGAGCAAAUCGUCCUAGCUCCUCUAGCAGACGAGCGUCAGCCUCGGGGUCACUCCUCGGUGGUCGAUAGACGGCCAGAACUUUAAGGUUAUGUGAUCCUGGUACUUUUAUAGGGGGCCAGAUAGUCUCGGCGCUGAAUGCAAACUGUUUUGUUUUUUCUAACAUAGCCAUGCCGUGUUUUACGUACGUGACGACUCCUCUCCCCUGACGCUGUCUCCUGUGUCUUCGAAACAACUGAAAUCCUGGUAGCAUUAAUUCGCGGUCAUCCACAUUUUCAGACAGUCAGGUUUCUGUCAACGAGACAUCGUCAGCGGAAAGGUCACACAUGUGGAUCUUCAGUUCGUCUAACUUGGGCAGUAUAAUCUGCACGUUGGUUUAAAAAAUGUUAGUCUCAGAGUUUUGGGGCGUUUGAUUAUGGUGCCGCUUGAGAUCCCAUUUAAGGAACCUAUUGUGCCCUCAUUCGGAUCGGUUCCGUCCAACGCAUUAGGGGGGGCGCUGCACUAUCUGGUCGUUGUAGAUCGCGAGAUCCUUCUCGCCAUUCUGCAACCUUAUUCUCAGUUCCAGAACUAAUUGUCGACGCUUUAUUCUCUCUGACGGUGUGUAGUCCGGGGGAAAAAACGUCGUGGUUGAUGUCUUUGUUUCGGAAUCGUCUUGAGAGAAUAAUUCCAACUUGUUCUUGGUUGGCUAACACAAUCUUGAAUGGUCGGGGACGUGAAUGCUCUGAUAUGUCGAUUAAGCGCUUUCCAAGCCUAAAGGCCUUGAGAACCGAAACUUCCUCAAUGGGGCGCAGAAGUUCGUUAAGUAGGCAUUGGAAGAGUUGCAGGUCUGCCGAGACUCGCUCUUUGGAGGCACUAGCCGUGGAUUCGGGAAGUCCCUGAUUGAUCCGACAUUGCCCUCUGAGCGGCGACUCUCCCGAGAACACAGUGGUUUCGUAAUAUAUUUUGAAUGAGAUAAGGCACAGAAUUUGGACCGAAAGGGAAUGGAUCACGCCAGUCACCGGAAUAAUAGCAAAUUACAAGCCUGAGAUAAACAAAAACAUUACGUAAAUACGCCAUAAAUGCCCAUAUUCCCUCAUUUCUUUGUUUCUCGUUUCUGUAAAUUCACCAAUCAGAUAUCAAAAACUUUCCCGCAGAAAAUAUUAUCAUAUCCUCCAUAAACGAAUACAGAUUAGUCGCCCGCUAGACUAGAUACGACAGCAAAAUUCUACCUAAAAUAUCCCAUUAUCAGAGACAGUAUUCUGGCUGUUGCACUACAUAUUUUGAUGCGUAUGAAGGAUCCUGACCGCUGAACGCUUUCUGUUUUCAGUUUAUAUCCAUCCUUUUCAGAUAUCACUCUAACUGAUUUUUAUUAACCAGCUGAAUCAAAUAAAUCAAAGGGGCGAUCGGAUUUAACUAGCUGAUGCUGUAAGAAUAGCCAAAGACCAAACGCGACUACUCGUAGUUGAUUCCGUCUCCAGUCGAAAUCGACAUUCUCCAGUGCCAUUGGCAAGCAGAAUAUUCUUCAUCUCAAGACCACUUAACAUUAAUCAUCAAUUCCUAUACUGUACAGUUCGUUUCUUUACUAAUAUCGCUACUAAUGUGCCUUUGAAGACGAGCUUUUUUACUUUAAACAAACGCGCAAUUCGCGCCCUAUUCACUACGGCAAAGCACAAGACAAUUUAAAAUAAAAUAAAAAAUGUUCCUUUACUUGGCUAUAUUUUACUUGGCUAUAUUUCUGUACAUAUUAGAGAACUUUUCCAAUCAAGUCUAUAGCAAAACUCGGGACCAGAAGGGACUGCAUGACACAUGUCUCGAAGGGGAGACCAUAUUAUUAGACUGUAUAGUCACAGGCCCGUUGUCCUGUCGUUUGCAAUCGGGAAUUCCAACUUUGAUGGGUAGGUGUUUACCGAAAGGGUUAUGGCUUCUGCUCGUCCUGUUGUGCUUUGUGACUCAAUUCAGCGUCCCACAGGCAGUCUCAGAAUGACUAGCAAUAUAUGAACGCCUUUCCGAAACCAUAUAUAUGAUGCGGCUCGAGAAAACAAUGAAAAACUCUGUACUCGGCAUUUCAAGUUUACUCAGGUUUUGAGUAGUGAGAAAACAGAGAAAACAGCUGCAGUCGGGGUAAUAACUACCGCUCAGAACGAAAAUCAUUGGUUACGAGGACCACGGGGCGUUCCAGGUUCCACUCGUAUGGUGGGCUUGAGGUUCUGAACGGAGAUCAAGUGUGAAGGGCUAAACGUUCGCUCGCGAACAGCUAAAGAAGUUAUUCGCAGGGAGAUAGACUGCGGAGAUGGCAACAUUUCCCAUGGGAUGAGAACAGAAUAGAGUAUGUUUACUAUGCCACCUCUUGGGCGCUGGGCAAAAGAUGGUAACCACGAAUUUCAUCAAUUCAAUCAGUACGGAAGAUGACUUCAGCGGAUUCUGCAUCAAGACGUUGCGAUCGUCCCUCUGAAAUUAGGAAGCGAAUGAUGAUUCUCAUGAAUAAAGAAUAAUUUCGCAGAAGUUCUACAUUCAUUGGUAAAUUGUUUCAGAUAUCAGUUAAGGUGGCAGCAUAUGCACCAUUCAGGCCAAUCGUAUCCCUUCGUAGGACUCCAAUAUACAAGUUGGCAAAGUUAGUGUUCGGUCGUCUCAAUUAUUUGGCGGAAGGCUCACCAGAAACCGUAGCAUCUGUGAGUCAAUUCCACGAGCGCAUAAAACGCCUGAACUUAGAUCCAGAAGAAACCAUGGUAUCCUUAAGUUUCGUUUUGCUCUUCAGCUCCAUUCCACAGCAUAUACCUAUAGACGUUUAUCAAAUACUAGCUGAACGAUAUGGGGAGAAAGACUUACCCCUAAUGUCCAAACAUCUGCUCGAGCUUCCAAGAGACUGACUUAAGGCAUAUUCACAUUUGGUCGACACAUGUACGAACAAAUUAAAAGCGUUCCUAUGUGCUCUCCUCUAUCAGGCCUGAUUACAGAAGUAGCCUUUCAACGGAACCAAACACUAACUAAAGUUCUGAACUAAUUAUGCCGACAACACCUUUAUCGUUGUCCUAACAGCUGACUAUGAAGCCCCCAGGGAAUUAAUGAACUUGGUUGACCGAAUAUCAAAUUCGCGGUGGACGCAGAAGCAAAUAACUAACAACCUUUACUCAACGUGUUUGUGUGCUGGUGUGCACCUGGACGCCUGCAAACUAGCGUCUAUAAUAGUCACCGACAAGAGAAAGAUAUUAUACUUCAACAGUAAGCGUCCUCUGUCACACAAACAUAGCUGUGCCAGCGCUCUAAUCCAAAGAGCUGAAGCACACUGCAGCACGCCAGAAGAUAAAAAAUACUGGACGACUAUAACUUUCACAGCCCCUUUACAGACCCUGGUUUUCCCAGCCACUUUACCGAUAAAAGCAGACGCCAGGCAAUCAGACGACGGCCAAAGGAGCAGCAAAACGAAGUCUGAGGGAAGCCAGCCCCUAUAAAAAAGAGAUCUCCAAGGCAGUCACUCGACUGCUGCAGUCCGUCAGAGAAGACACAGCCCAUCGACCCCAAACAACAAUCCGGCAUCGAUUAACGAAACCUAAGGACACGCUGACACCCUCUGAAAGGCAGCGAUUGUCUUCUAAAUGAGUUGCAGCGAUGAGGACGGCAACUACGUUGGGAAAAUCGGCCAAAAAAUUGCUGACCCGCAUACUAGGCGACAAAUCGUCAACUCGGAAUCUGGACCCAGGCUUUCAACUUGCAGAUUACUUUGGAGAAACUGGACUUCCUUUCGACCUUCUGGAAGCUGCCAUAUUAUAGCCAGAACAGCAAAAAUAUUUUCUUUUGCAGUCGGCAAAAUCACGGUUAGCCAAGGAUUUCGGUAACUCGGCGUUUUUGAUCGUUUAAAUUUCUCUUUCCUAUGGUUAAAUUAGUUUUGGUAAAAAGAUAGUUGACCUACUUAGUUCUCUUUUGCCCAUCAGAACGCAUGAAGACUACAAAAAACGAACACUGUUCUGCUUCGGCUAUAAUGUACACUAUACAGAGGCGGAUUCUAAUGUCGUUAGCCUUGAAAUUAUGGGCAUGGCAUCAUUUAUUACUAAUUUGAUGAUGCUUCAUUAAAUCCAUGUUUCCGGUGAUAAUGCCAUUCCUGCCUAUUACAUUUAUCUCACUUUUUCAGGCUGUGAAAUUUCCUUUCCAGAGGUAAAGACGUAUUUUAGUAACCAUUAUUUCCUACAGGAAUAUUCCCAAGUUAUUCAUUUCAAGCGUAUUUCAAAGCUGCAUUAUUGAAUAUUACUUCGGCCCAUUUUAAACACGAUAUCGACGCAAUCUGUUUAUUGGUUAUCUCUGCUUCACCUUAGAAACGCUACAUUCUGCACGCGAAAGAUGUUUUCGGUCUUAACGCUUUGGAGUCAUGAAAUUGGGAAGAACUUUACCUUAUAUACUGUACCAGUCGGGCGUCGUUGUGCCCGAGUUAGUCUGCCGACAAAACAUGCAGAGGUGGUAGGUAUUUAUACGCGCCUUGUGUGCGCUAAUUGGUCCGUACAACAACUAGCACGCAUCAAAUGCUCAUUAAACCUUACCGAAGAUUCGCUCUGUCUAGCGGCUAUAGCCGUGCAACCAUCUCAUCCGGCAAGCUAAACCGGAUGGAAGUAUUCGGUGUGUGCAUCUCCACACCCCGUAACCAGACUCCCUGUCCUAGUUUACGCCUCCUUACUUAAAAAGUCCUGUGGAAUGGGCGAUAUGCAAUCUGGUAGGCAGUUCAGGCUAACUUGGGUCGCGUUCUCUUUAAACAGAACUGUAACACAUGGUGGAGCUCGGCAACAGUUUGUACGUCUAAGCAGGUCAGUCUUAGUUUGGGACCGCAGGAUAAAUGCUUAGAAUGGGCACCCAUCGAUAACCCCAUUUACAGAUAUACCGAAGAAAAUAAGGGACAUAUUUAGACAACAUUAAUGCUAGUGACUGAUGCAGGGUGAAUACAAGAAAAUCAAGUAAACAUUUAUCCAGGCUUUUUGAAAGUCUCGACGUUUCCCGCCAAAAUAAUGGAAUUCGGCAAUUCGUUCCAUCCUCUAGUCAGCCAGUGGGAGAAGAAUUUGGCACGCACUUCAGGUUUGGCAUAAUUUAUCCUCAAUUCAAAGACUCGAAUUGAUGGACUCGAAGACUGGUCUUUUGCGCCAGUUCAAAGAGGUCAUCAAACUCAAGAGCACAAUCUAGUUUUGUGACAAUCCUAAAGGCCGUGAUUAUGUCCCUUCUGGAAUUUUUAUAAGAGAGAGAAGAUAUUCUCUGCUUUCCCAGCCGCCUUUCACAAGGCAAGCACCUUAAUUUAUUAACCAUUUCGGUUGCUCUCCGUCGUUCGUUCUUCAACGGGGUAUCAUCUUGUUUCGUUCAGGGACGUCACAUCUGAGAGAAACAGUUUACUUUUGGCCUAAAAGCUUUUCAAACACUCGAACGAAAAGCUCUUCGUCAAAAUUGAGGAAUGAUCUCUUGAUCGCGCCUAGAAUGCUUAUGGCAUUCUUUGAUACAUUGACGCAGUGAGAAGAUGGGUUGAGAGGGAACGUCAUCCACACACCGAGGCCUCUUAGCUCGCUGACAGAUUCUAGUUGGUGACUUCCUAUGAGGCAGUGAUAUUCAAAUCUCAACAGCCCUGCUUCUGGGUCUUGGUCUCCAUAAAAUCAGCAGCUGAAAAAAUUAGCGUCUCCUCCUUCCGCAGACUAACGCAGAACAUAGCCUGCUCCUGCUCCUCCUACUCCUCCUCCUCCUCCUCCUCACGAACACCGACUUCCGCCUUCCCACUAGGAAGAAUGUAGCGUGGAUGCACCCAGCUCGCGGUAAUGGUAACUGAUGGGCUACGUUGCCGUUCGGAACCGAGACAGUAAAGACGUGCUAACGACCAAAGCGAUCUCUGUCUCUGACGACUGAGCAGGUCCCCAUAUCGUCAUCUGUAAGCAAUCAGCUGGCUCACCGCCUGGAAAUACUGGAGACCCCAAAGGGAAAUGGUGCGAACUGCGGAACGCAAUCCAUUCCACCGCCAUCGAUGGUCUGAGUCGCGCACGUCGCCACCAUCAAAACCAGUUUGGCGACAAGGACGAAGAAAUCGCCAAAGUACUCUCAAAAAAUAAUAGGCCUAACAAAGCCUAGGUCAGCAGCGGGACCGACGCAAACAAAAUUGUCUUCUUUGCCUCUGGAAGUCCGGUACAACGCAGACAGCCCGAGAUGCAUAAAACCUGUAUAAAUUGCCAAGCUGAUAAGAUGAUGAUCCACGCUGUCCUUAAUGAAACGAACUAUUUAUUUACUUUUAUCAGGAUAGUUUACAGCCUCCGCACCAACAGAAUCCUGCCACUGGAACAACAUUCUUCAAAGAGGCAUCUACGCUGUGGACUGAACAUUUCGGAACCGUCUAUCUACACAUUCCGACGACGCUACUGACUGCCUCCGCCAAGAAGGGACGACGCCGGCAUGGACCGUCCGUCUUCCCAUCCUCUAACUAUUAGAGACCUUCCACAGCACCUUGGCAAGAAAGCAUUGGAAUCCGACAAAAUUCCAACCGACUCUUAUAAGCAUGGUUGGUGGACAGGCGCAUGUUACUGUUCCAGGAGAUAUGGAGGUAGGGAUAAGUCCUUCAGGACUCCAAAUACGCCACGAUCGCACGCAUUUACGAACGCGAGGGCAACCGUCAACACAAUGACGAUUACCGAGGCAUUUACAUAACCUUUUCAGAAAAAUCUUUGUCCACGUUCCCUUCGAUCACCUAAAUACACACUUGUACAAAAGAUUUCUCCCGCAAGACCACUGCAGAUUCCGAAGAAGUUGUAAUACCGCUGACAUGCUCAUUGUCGCCGCCGGCUGCAAAACAAACCUCAGAAAAUACGGAUAAGUCUCUACGCUACCCUCUUAGAUCAAACGAAGGCCCUCGGUGCAGUGAAUCCCUACGGAACCAGUCUGUCCCUCCACUGACUUGGAGCAAAUAGUAGAACUGCGGCUUGGCCCAAUUCUACUGAAUAACUUGGCCAUAGUGGCCCUCAGGUUACCUCCAUCACUCUGUUCACCGUCCCCGGCACAGUCCUGUGCGAUGUGUUGCGCGGUUUCUCUCUAUCUAAUAAUGCCAGGCAAGAUGUGAUGAGAUGCUUCCUCCGCGUUGCAAAGUCUUGCCAUGCUGACAUCCGGGCUACUCAGUGCCUCAUCGGCAAUUGUUUCUUCUGAUCCAGCAAGAACGCCGAUAUCUGACAUGGGAUCCAUUCAUGUUUGAUUUGUUACAAAGCCAAAAACCGGACGGCACAACAAAAGCCCUGAUUGGCACGUUUAGUAGAUAAGUCACGCUUUGUACACCUAUAAAUAUAUCUAUUAUGUCCUUUGCCAACAACCCAUGAUUAGGACUAUUUGCUAACUGCAACUGAUCGAUUUACGCAAUAGCUCAUCGCAACUCCCGUUUCAAAUACGGCUGUGCAAUAUUUGACUACUCGUUCCGAAAUCCACUCAAAAGCACAUUUUAAUUGUGGUGAUAGUACUCAAGUAGGCACUAGUUAAACAAGUUAUUUAUCUAUUAUAAUCUGACGUCACACCUACAAACCAGCCGACGCCUGUUAAGUAGGAAGUCGGCCCUUUUUUGAGUAAGUUGCCAGUCACACCCAUUUGACGCAUUUUGGACAGUCGCGGUCUGUGUGGGACUCCGACAAAGGUUUUCUGAAGUGAGUGCAGACUGAAUUUACUGACAAAUACAUCUCUAAAGACUUUGUCCAGCUUUUCAUUUAUGUGAACGGGUUAGUGAGACAGGCUCGACCACUUCUAAAUCUAUGAUGAUCCGAAUUAUGCAAGUUGUUCUCCUAAACAUGCCUCAUUAGUUCCGUUUUUAAUAUUUUAUAUAUAAGUUUGCAACGAAUGCUUGUAAUACUCACAGGUCUGAAAUUAUUUGGUUAGGUUCUUUUUCCCUUUUAUAUCUGGAGCUUAAUUUUGUUAGUUCCCAGUCAGUAGGCAGAACCUCGGACUCCAUCGAAAUUUCGAAGAUCUCGAAAGAGGGAGGGGCCACCUGAUCUGCCAGUUCAUUCAGAACUUUUGCGGAUGGCAUCCGGACCACGCGAUUUAGUGGGUGGUAUUUGUCCAAGGGUUUAACUUACUGAGUUUUUGCGAAAGCCAUGGUGAUAUUUGCACUCUUAGAUAUAGCAAUUUGCCGGUGCACUCCCUCGCCUAAAGAAGGCUUUUCGGUAUGCACGGACAUAAAGAAAUCGGAUAAGAGACUCGUCUUACCUGAGUUACGAGCUAACUUGUCCCCCUGAUAAUUCUUCAGACAAGGAACGGAAUCCCGAUUGAGUUUUUUUGUAUUCAUGUAUGUGACGAACUUUUUCGGACUUCUUACUCCUUUAGCCACAGCUGAUUAAAAUCUGCUCUUUCUCUCCUCAGGAAUUUCCCACACAUAUUUCGCUGUUUCUUAGAUUUCGAAAGAUGUUUUGAUUGUUGAAAUCGGACGUAUCACCCCACCAAUCUCCUUAUAUUCGGACAUUUCUCUUUUUUGGAUGUCACCCACUCAUGUCGGGAGACGUAUGAUCGACUUUUAAGCGGUCAGCUGUUAUCUACCGAGUACUAAACCGAGCUCGUAAAGAUUCCUGGCGGCGUUAGAAUCUGGCAUAUAUGUGCUGCGGGAAGCCAUCAUGGCCAGUAGGAUGUCAUUGCUCAAGAGCUGGCUGCCCCAAGGUCAUUCACUAAGAGCACCGAACCAUUCCAGACGCACUGACCUGAAACCACUCAAACGAAUUCCGCUCGGACAGACUCGCUUCCGCAUAGGACAGCGGCUACCCAUGCGCCACUUGACCAUGCCACCCUCUGCAGCUAGAAACAUAAGCCACUGGGACACCACCCCUCGGCAAAUGCAACACACACCGAUUAGAGACCGCUUGAGUUUGGCCCAAGAGCCUACAAAGCGGUUGUCACCACUGUCCCAGGGAUUCUCAGGCGUAACGGGAUGCGGUCAACACCAGCGCUGGCUUCACCAGCGACCACUGUCGCCUCAGAGGGCAACUGGGGUUUCUGUAAACAAUAAACCCCUUAUUCUAGUGCCACUUGUCCGUUCCUCCCGUAUGGGAUUUGACCAGACGAUUGUAGCGCACGGACUACACACUCCCACCGUUUGGCUGCAUCAUAUGCAGGGUUCCAACUUAUCUCGUUCAGUAGUUUAUUAGUUCUGAAAUUAUCCCUUUCCCAUACAUUUUUUCUCCUAUGCUGAUCGAAAUUUGUGCACAGAAAAGUGACUGUACUCCCAAGCGAGAAUGCAACGACAGCUUCGGUCCAGUGUCGUGCUGGAACUCAAUCCAAGGGUAUAGAUAUCAUCCCUAGAAAUGGUGAGAUCGAAAGUGCUUAACUGCUGUCCAUUGCGGAAAUGCUUGUGAAUUUUAAGUGUUGAGUAGGGAAUCCAUCAAUGGCCAACGUAGGUAAGUUCUGUCCAAGUGAGUUUUCCGAUGACAUGCAAGGCAUCGAUUCCCGAUCAAUGUCCGAAAAGUGAAAAUCUCCGAGUUGUUUUACGUGUUUGCUACCGCAGAUUUGCUUCGCCUUAGUGAUGAGGAUAUCAAGCAUGUCCUGCCACCCUCCUGGGGCCUGCAUAUGAGGGAAUGUGGCGGUCUGGUUGGGCCGGUAAUCUAAAUUAACAGCUAAAAUUUCGAUACCAAUGAUUCCUUUUUGCAAAGAUCCGGUUGAGAACUAUUUUAUGCCCUUUGCGACAUGUUCUGAGGUCUGGAUUUUGUCAUGCAUGAUGGUUUGGACUAUUAUUUCCUCCAGCUAACCUCCAAACCCCGGCGGUACGUUCCAGGUAUCCCUCACAGCGUUUCAAUUUUUGAAGUACAAAUAGAGAGUUCAAAGGCGUUAACCUAUUUCCCUCAUAUAUACUAACUGACACUGACCGAAUGUGUCACUGCUUGACUUAUUGGUGCUCGAGUAAAGUAGCGUCCGACUCUCUUCAGGAAUGGCGGUCGGUGGUCCAUCGUGACCAGUUGAAAGAAAUUUAAGUAUCUCUGGUAACUUUUUUCACGGGAAAUAGAAAAAUGCGUACUGAGUAUGACUAAUUUUUGUCCGCAUGCUGUCUAGUCGUGACCGAGUGUUUAGAAGCGCCGGCAGUUGAACGGGGUGUCAGUGAUUCGAGUCAAGCCUCCGACGUUAAAUUUCUGUCAUAUACAGUAAUGUCGCUGAGAGUUGCGGCAAAAUUUACACCAAAAUGCAUAAGAUUAUGACAUGCGUCGGGUUUACCAAUCUCUGGCAUCUAAGCAUUCAGAGGGCACUCAGAGAGCUAUUGCUAUAACGGCCCAGCCGCGCUUUAGAGGAGAAGGGGAGAGCCACCAGGAAGAGUAGUCUAUUCCUCGCAAAGGCCUGAUGGGUCUCGUAUCCUCCGUCGCGGGACCGGCUGUUGGCCCGCGUGGGCGUCCGCGCGCCAGAGCGUCGUGGGUGUGAGUGAAUAAGCGUCACGUUUGAGUCAGUCAGUGACAGCCUUGUCAGUUAAUCGGGUAAAAGUGACGUCUGUGUGCGCCUUUGUUGGGCCAACCUCGGCGAUAAAUGCGCUCACGCUGGAACACUCGGAAAUCACGAGCACAGGACUCCUAUAGCGGCGUGGGUGCCAGAGACAGGAGACUUCAUCUCAUCUGAAUUGUUACAUAUACGGCUUAAAUUGACAAACAGCUGGUUUACUGAGAAGAAGGAAAAAUUCUCCUCGGGACAAAAUUCAUUAUUGUAUGUAAAUUUGAAGCCGAAACCGACUUAACAUUCGAAGAUAGCUUAUAUAAAAAAUUCCGUUCCCUAUUGAUGUCCGAUCGACCCGCUGACGGAAGACAGAUAUCAAAAGCAACAUUAAGUCUUUCUUCGUAGGAAUCCGAAAUAAACAUAGUCAGCUACUUCGUGAAGGUACCGAUGGCGAUUUCCUGAGAGCAACAGGAAAGGAAAAUAAUAUCGCAAAUAUUUCGAUCUGCGAAAACGAAGGUUAAAUGCACUUUCUCAGUUUAUUUCGACGAGGUGUAAAUCCAAGCUGAGAUGACUGACAGGAAUAUUAAAACACGGGAAGUUCGCAACGUCUUGCUCGCUCACCAGACCAUGACAGAAUCAGCGCACCCGGAAGUCAAUGGACAGGUAAAACAGUCAAGUGGCACUAUGACCAACCUCUUGAGGCGUUUGUGGAAGACUAUCAUCCCCACAACCAGGACGUUCUGUUACCGUUCCCAAGACUUUUAUGGGAACCCCCAACCUUCCUCCACGCGCUACGCCCGUUCUUUGUGGUUACGGGCUGUCCCUUCCGUCUACCAGCGAACACUCAUGUUCACACUUAGUCCAGGGACACCUGUACCGCGGUUCAUUAUAUGGUAGUGUUCCAAGAAUCAUUACGGCUUGCACCUACUUCAGCACGCACACACAUACGUAUCGCCUUUGACAGGCAAGAUGAGCACUUUGAUGGGCACAUGCAUACCAUCUCCACCAACCUGGCGACUUAGGGCUACACCAUCUAGCGGUCUAACGCGCUGGUAUUCCGGUCAGAUUCUUGCGCCCUUGGGAAGCAACCUUCGUUCUCGUGGACGUCACGCAACAUGUUACUUCUAUUAUCUGUGAUACUUAAACCCACAAGUGCAUUAUCUUUACGGUGCACCUUGACAAACAAAGCCCUACAACGGCAUCCUCCCAUAGCCACCUCUCACGGCCUGCCUGUUCUCCACCUCACCCGGUUGUGCAGCUCAAAACUGUGGAGGAAGUUUCCACAUGCCCUACGCCCUCGUCCGCAUGUCUGCGGACAGGGUUUCAUGAGAAGGGGACGAUGGUAGCGAACAGAUAUUGCGAGUAACUAAUGUGAUGGACGGUCUUAUGAUUGUAAUAUCCAGAAAGACUGAUCAAGCUGAGUAUGUGUCAACUUAGUUAGAAAAAAAUGCGGUACGACCUACUGCGUAAAUUCCGCACAAUCCGCCGUCAUGAUUUUUUGCUUAAACCAGGAGAUUUCUUUUAGUAUGCGCACAUGAGUCAUCCGUACAAAGCCAAAUACGAGUGUACGCACCCAGGCUAAUAGAAUUUAACUUUCAUCUGGCCGGCAGUCCGAUCGAGAAUCUUAAUUCCAGGCGAAAUAUUGAUUUAGAAUACCAUGGUUGUGUUCAAAAAGUAAUUGAACUGUUUGACUUUGAUAACCGAUGUUUGCCACUGCAGGACUAUCUACGGCCAGUCACAAACUUCAAUAUCUCCUUUGAUCUCAUGUGUAAGGCAUCACCCUAGGCAUCCACCUACGGCCGACAUCAGCAUUCUCUGACGUCCAUAACCAGUAGGAUAUUCAUGACCCCGAAACUACGUAGAGCGAUGUAUUGGUAUUUGUUGUGCGAUCCGUUUAUUUUCUCAUUUCGCAAACACUAUGCUUUAAAAGACUAAUUUCAUUUAGAACAAACGUUCUUUUCUUGUACUAUUGGCAAAGAAGGGAUCCGAAACAAGCGAAACUAAUCGCGAUCGGAAUAUAUGAGUUUGUUUCAAGUGCCCUCCUAUGUUAUAAGGAAACUUAAGAGGCUCAAGAUAUACUAUAACUAACCUCUUCUAUUCCAUUUUAUAUUCGCGUACGACUGCGUCAACUCACAGUUAGAUUGACCGGAAACACGCACCUGUUAAAUAUGUAUUGCUGCACAUCCUCCUCAGCUUAUCGUUCAGUUCAAUUAUUCAAAGGAUUUUCUUUCGUUAUUAUCAUACACCUGGAAGCCGGAAAAGCUAGAAUAUCCUUUCGAUGGAAUUACCAAUCCUGUUCAAAUUUAGCCGACAACAAUGACCUAUAAUUCCCAAAGAAGAGGAACUUACCGGAUUAUGGACGCGAUGCCCCACCAGGCGAGGUAAUAAUUAUACAAACAUACCAUUUUAAUUCGUGGAGUUUGUUUUGAUUGAUCAAUUGAAUUCGAAUACCAUGCCUCGAGUGGCUGCGUCAACAGCGCCAUGCACAACAGAUCAAGACGGCCGAUAAGAUUGUGACCGGUUGUGGCAUAAAAUGCCAGCCUCCCAGUUUGCUGAUAAAAUAUAAGCUCAACUGUGCAACAAAAGUGCAUGUUAUACGUUUACGAGAAUUUUCUAAUAACGUUUCUAUACUCGAAUUCAGCGAGAAACUACGUAGUAAAAAACGACAUAAAGAUCUGCUGGAGCAAAUUCCCAAGACUCAGUUUAUUCGUCUUCUUUCGAUUCUCAAAGACCUAAUAAAUGGACGGAACCUCGAAGAGUCCUUAAAAAUUAAUGCUGCCCUGGAGAACAUCUCCUCAGACGAAGACUUAAAUAAGGCCGACGACGAAACGCUUGAAAGGUUAGCUGUCACAGUGGCCAUUUCGACAAAGUAAUAUUUUUUCUAUCUGCUAUAAAAGCGUCCCUUUCAGGUAGUAACAUGCGUCUUUCAUUUUCAACGCAGAAUUAAGUCCAGUAUGCUUCAGUCGGCAGAUUUUCUGCUCGAAAUGUACAUUCUGUUCACUCACUGCAUCCUUAGGGAUGCAGAGUAUGUCGGUUAGUUGAUAUCUAAUAGAUAUCUACUCUAUAUAUUUUGCUACUAGGGUUGACCAAUGCUACUUUGUCUGAAGGCAUAUUUGCCGAGUGUUUUCCUACCCAGUAUCAGUAGUUUCUUCGUAUAGCAUGCGAAGAAUAAAACUGAUAUUUUCUCCAAUUUUUUUCUAACGUGUCUGCAAAUUCCAAAAAAUAACAUGUUUUCGGCCAUCCCUUUUAAAAAUAUGAAUUUUCAAAGUGAGAAUUAUCUCGUAGUUAAACAAGUCAGGGUUAACAUUUCUAUCACUAACAGCCCGCCAGUACUUUCAAGAUUCUUGAGUCAUGAUCUAGUUACACUUGUUUUACACUGAGUUAUAAGCGGGCGUUCGGACCUGAAUAACGUAAGAAAGAAUCUGAAUGCAAUGUUCUGCCAAUGUUACUUCGAAUUAUUUGUCCUAAUUUUACUACAGGAAGAAGUUGGUCAUGGAGGAGACCUUCGAACGAAAUCGAGUCCGGCCAACAGAUCCUGAUUUCGAAUACGACAUUGCGGUCGAUUUUCCAAAACAAGUUGAGACCAGUGGAUGGGACUCGGACUUUUCCGACUUCUGA